GUGAAUCUCAUUUGUCGGUCCCGUGGACCGUCGGCCGUACUCGAUUUCAAUCCUUCCAUCCAAUUGUGUGUGCAUCGUUCGGUUCUGGCCUUCCCUUGGUAGAGUAGUGGUUUUGAUUUUUUGUUUUGGUUUGACUUCACUUCCCCCUUUCGUUUGAUCCUCAGUUUUCGGUUACUUCCAAAAAACCAAAUCUUCCUUCUAAAACUCUUCUCCUUAUCCAAAGGAAAACCUUUAGUGUUUGAUCAGAGCACUGUUGAGAGCCACCAGCACCAGGUGUACGCUGUAAGAAGCUACAGAAGUGUCCCGUGCAUUAGCAAAAUUUGAAUCAAUUCUCAUCGACGAACCCGCGAUGUAUCAAACCGUAGUAGUGUUGCACAAUCGAUGACCAGAGAUCGACUUCGGCGAGGUUAGUUCAUUCAAACCAAUCACAAACAAACACUCAAACAAACCACCAGUAGCGCUGCUCAAUGCAACAAUCAGUCAGUCAGUCAGUCAGUCAGUAGUGCAGUGCCAGGUUCCACUUCAGGGGCGCAAAAAUGGCGCCGGAAUCAACCAAUCUGUCAGAACAAAUAUAGAGUAAGAACCCAUCCAUCACAGGACAUUCGCUCUCUCUCUGUGUAGCACCCAUCUUACGUUCCUCGCAGUGACGUCAUGGUCACUAAAAAGCUCACCAUAGCUCACCCCAUGAACACCCUCUUCAGCUCUCCUCCCCCUCACUCACCCCACAGAAUGCCAAAUGAGAAGAGUUUUCCCCGGUUUUUUACCCUUUUCAACGACGUUUUAACGAAACCGAAACCUAAAACUAAUCCAAAAACCCACAAAUGACAACUAACAACUUGAGACCAAACGACUGCAGCGAGUGAGGGAUAAAGGAGAGGAAGAGAAAGAAGGAGUAGGAGCGUGUGUCCAACGGUGACAACCAGGCGUUGUUAAGAGGCGAUCAAUACGCAGUUAGCGAUUACAAUAGUGAAUGGUUUAGAGAAAGGGAGCGAAGGUGGUAAACGGUGUAAAGUGUACAUUAACCAGUGGGUCCUGCUACGUGUAGGACUCUCUCGCGGGUAUAAGCGAUAAGCAAGCAAAAAAACACUUAACGGAACUAGCAGCAGACAGGCCCGUGGUCGCGAAUACAAAUGCAAAGCGUUGUUUGGCGUGGUUUGAUUGGCC